AUGGAGGAGACGAUCGUGCAGCCCUCCGUGUUUGUGAUAGACGGACAGACAGACAUCCCAUUCAGGAGGCUGGGGCACCACGCGGGGAGACGGCGCUGCAGCGCUGCCCGGGGCGGCCUGGCUGUCCUGCUGCUGCUCCUGGGAGCGGGGCUGGCGGCCCAGGGCUGGUUUCUACUGCGGCUGCACCAGCACCUGGCAGAGGUGGCCACCCGCCUGCCGGAUGGAGAUUCGGGCUCCUGGGAGAAGCUGAUGCAAGAGCAAAGGUCCCACCUGGCCAAGCCAGCUGCACACCUCACAGGCGCCAACACCAGCUUGAUGGGCAGCGGAGGUCCACUGCUGUGGGAGGCCCAGCUGGGCCUGGCCUUCCUGAGGGGUCUCAGCUACCACAACGGGGCCCUGGUGGCCCCCAAGGCUGGCUACUACUAUGUCUACUCCAAGGUGCAGCUGCGUGGCGUGGGCUGCCCACAGGGGCUGGCCAGUGGCCUUCCCGUCACCCAUGGCCUCUACAAGCGCACGCCCCGCUACCCCAGGGAGCUGGAGCUGCUGGUCAGCCGCCGGUCGCCCUGCGCCCGCUCCCCCAGCUUCCGCGUGUGGUGGGACAGCAGCUUCGUGGGUGGCGUGGUGCACCUGGAGGCCAGGGAGGAGGUGGUCGUGCGGGUGCCUGGUGAGCGCCUGGCCCAGCUCCAUGAUGGCGCCCACUCCUACUUUGGAGCUUUCAUGGUGUGACGGAAAUAGAAACGUU